AUGUUCAAAAAAACAAUCAAAGCUAUAAGCAAUGUUUCAAGCAAGAGAAAUGUUUCAAGCAAAUAUAACACGAUCGUUCAACAAAGAAGCAAUCUCCCUGUACAUGGAGACUGUUGGAAGAACGCUGUUUUGCAACUUAACCAUGAAUGUAAAUCACUUACUGAGGAUGUUCAACAGGAUUUAAGUUUGAGGUUUACAAAUUGUUUUCUAGAAAUGUCGGGGCAACAGACAUAUAACUGUUUCAGUGACAAAAAGCCAAAUUUAAGACGCAUAUGCAUUGAUAGUAUGUCUGACAGAGCGUUCAAUGUCUACACUGAGUUUUAUUCACAUACUCAAAAUAUGUGUUUUUAUCUGUAUAAUAAAAUUUGGCAUGAAAAGGCUGAGGAAACCAUAAAUUUAUUAAAUUCUAAUACCCAAUAUGUCAAUGAGCAAUUAGAGUUAGCCAAAAAUUUGCAAGCAAACUUGCUUGAACAACAACAACGAGGAUUAGAAAUCCAGGAUAUUUUAAUGCGACAAGGUAAAAAACUGUCCUCAGAACUUGAAAUUUCUCAUAACUAUGUUCAAAAUAUUGCUCAGAACUUCACUACAUCAACAAAGGAACAUAGUAACUUAUUAUUCGAUAUCAUUUCUAAGAUAAAUUAUAUUCAAAAAUGGGUUUUAGGAGAAAUGACAUGGAUGUCAAAUCAAUAUUCAGCUGCUAACUACAAAAACUUUCCUGAAUGCUUAGAAAAAAUAGAUCAUAAAAUCAAUCCUACAAAUUUAAUAUAUAAAACUGAUGAGGAUGAAAAUACAGUAGCAUUUACAGAUCACAAUAAUUAUAAUGAAACCACUGAAGAUAAUUCUUUAACUACAUGUAAAUUGAAAUUACGAAACAGAAAAAUAAUCAUGGAAAAUAAUACAAAUAGAACACCAAGGUUGAGAGCAAAAGUAGCAAAAGCUACUAAAGCUUAA